UACAACAAAAAGGUAUCCAACAGCCGACGACGACGGUGAAGAAGAAUUAUUUGCUCGUUGCUCCUCUUUAAGUAUUUGCGCUGUUUUAUUUUUCGUUGCUGAUUUUGUGGUGUACAAAUAAUUUCGAUUUCAUUAAAAUAGAAUAAAAAAAUCCAUUUUAUAAUCAAGUAAAGAAAUUUAAACAGACUGUGUGACGCUUCAACGGCGGAGAGUGGAGUCUAUGCAAAAAAGAAGUAAAGAAUUCUAUAAUUGAGCAACUCCUAAAACUUCGAUAGAAACACUAAAGAAGUUACAACCUUAAGAAACCCCCACAUCUCAGCCUAUUAGCUGAAUUCCACUUCAGUUGAGCAUCCGCCGGAAACUCAUUUUCUACCCCGCAGCGUUGAGCACAGCAUGAAAAGACGUGAUGGGAGCGUUCCUGGAUAAACCGAGAACGAACAAGCACAAUGACAGCGGUGAGGGAAACAAAUUGCUCUUCGGCGUUAGCUCUAUGCAGGGUUGGCGCUGUGAAAUGGAAGAUGCAUACUAUGCCCGAGCUGGUCUUGGCAAUGGUUUGGACGAUUGGUCUUUCUUUGCUGUGUUCGAUGGACAUGCCGGUUACAAAGUGUCCGAGCAUUGUGCCAAGCACUUGCUCGACAGCAUUGUUAGCACAAAAGAAUUUCAGAGCGGUAAUCAUGUGAAAGGCAUACGUAAAGGUUUCCUAGAUAUAGACGAAGAUAUGCGUACGCUGCCCGAGCUAAAUGAGAAUGCGGCAAAAUGCGGUGGCACCACAGUGGUUUGUGCUUUUGUCUCACCCACACAGGUGUUUAUAGCGAACUGUGGCGAUUCACGAGCGGUCUUGUGCCGCCAGGGAGCACCCGUAUUUGCCACACAGGAUCACAAACCCAUAUUGCCAGAGGAAAAGGAGCGUAUACACAAUGCCGGCGGUAGUGUAAUGAUAAAACGUGUCAACGGUACACUGGCGGUUUCAAGAGCUUUGGGCGAUUACGAUUUCAAGAAUGUUGAAAACAAAGGUCAAUGUGAGCAGCUGGUUUCACCCGAGCCGGAAAUCUUUUGUCAGCCCCGCCAAGAUACAGAUGAGUUUCUAGUUUUAGCCUGUGACGGCAUCUGGGAUGUUAUGAGCAACGAAGAUGUCUGCAGUUUUGUACAUUCGAGGCUGAAAAUAUCCAGUGAUUUGGUGAAUAUAGCAAACGAAGUCGUUGACACAUGUUUGCACAAGGGCAGCCGAGAUAAUAUGAGCAUCAUUAUAAUAGCCUUUCCUGGAGCACCUAAACCUACCGAAGAAGCUUUAGCAAGCGAUAGACGGUUGGACAAACAAAUUGAAAAGAUUGCAAGAGAGGAAAUUGAAAGUAAUGAUAUCACAUGUUGUGGCGAACUAUUGGAAGCUUUACAAAGUAAAAAUAUAGAGGGUCUUCCACCAGGUGGCGGUCUACAUUCAAAGUAUCACAUAAUAGAGCGAAUAUUUAAGGAAAUGUUUCCCGAAGACCAAUGUGAAACGGCGCCACAUUGAAAUCAGGAUAAAACAGACUUUUAUAAAUGAUAAAGUGCAAAUUUAAUAAAAAAAUUAAUCUACAGCAGCAUCAACAACAACACAACAACCAAAAAAUAACAUAAAAGGCCGAAAAGAGCAGAAUCGCCAAAAUAACAACAAGAACACUGUUUUUUACAUUCAACAGAAAAGUAAGAAAGAAAAAAUAACAACCACAAAACAAAGAUUUUUAUAAAAUUUCCAAGUUUUCAUACCAAAACCAACGACGAGCCUAUAGUGUCAUCCCAAAUAAAACAGUAACAAAAACAGUUUUUUUUAUAAAAAUCCCCCCAUCUACACAUUGUUAUUUUUACAAUAAUUUACUAAAUACAAUUAAUUUUUGUUUAUGUUUUUAAUGAUUUGAUGAUAAUAAUUUUAGCCUCUAUGUAAAAUACAAAGACCGUUGAAACCUAAUGAUUUUUAAAUAGAACAAAACAAUGUCUUUUACAUUAUUUUUAACAGUAAUUUGUUUAGUCAGUCCAUUAUCAAUCAACACCACCACCACUGAAACCUUCGCCCCAAAAUCUGUGAAAGUUAAUAUACAUAUACUUAAAACAAGAAAGAAACUAAUAUUUAAGUUGAUCUAAAGCAAAACAAAACAAGAAAACAAAUCCGAAACAAAACAAUACAUUUUUUAUAUUCAAAUAUGUAAACAAAAUAAAAAAAAAUACACGUAGAAAAAUCCUUCGAUACAUAAAAGUCAUACCCCCCACGCACAACAUAAAUCCACACAAAAACACUUUACUAUUUUGCAACACCGGAUACCCUUCUACUACUCUACUACUACUACAACUACUACAUCAACUACAUACAAUAAAAAAUAUCACACAUACAUCAAAUGGAAAAAAGGACAUACUACAAAAAUAUGGCCGUAGCAGUUAAACAAUAAGACGAUUAAUGAAAUCUAUGUUCAGCUUUAAUUUUGUGCGAAAGGAGUUCCAUUUUAAUUUAGAAAAGUAUUUAUUUUUUAGUGCCGCAACUAAUUCCUAUCUACCAAACCAAUCAACCAACCAACCCACGCUCCUCCUCAUCAACAACUCAAAUGAAGUCUUAUUUUGUAUUGUUUUAUUCGUUUUGUUUUUUUUUUUUUAAUAGCUAACGUAACAGUGUGUAUUUUUUAAUUUCCUUGUAUUAAAAUUGAAUUGUUUUAUUCAUAAGUGUAUAAUUAUUUUAUUUUUUUAUAUAACAUAAAACAAAAAUACCUUUGUCUUUAAGUCUUUUUGUUGCUUUCUUACCUACUUUUCUAUUUUUUUUUCUAAAUAAAAUGUUUGUUAUAUCAUUCAAUUUUCCUAAAAAAAAACAACAACAACAUGAAACACAAACAAGAAAUGUCAUUUACUUUUUUAAUGAUUAAUAUUUAAUUUCAAAUUUUCUAUUUUUAAUAUAAGCCUUAUUACAAAGAAAACAAAAAAGAAAGAAAAUAAUAAAAA